UGACAAUUAUAGUUUUAGAUCCUCAUCAGUCACUGCUACAUCUUGCAACCAGUAUUUGGAGAACACAGUGAGAAUAAUUGAGGGUGGUUGCAUCACCCUCAAUCACGAUCUACAAAACUCAAACGAUGACCAAAGGGGCAAUGGAUCUGUACAUGAGUGAGGUGGCGAGGGGCGUGGCCAGGGGGCGGCUAGCAGCGUGUGCCACCAGGGAAAUGUGUAUGAACAUAAAAAAAGGCGCCUGUCAAGAAAGGUUCGUUCGGUGCAAGGAGUUGGCACAGGAGGUGUCUGAGGCUGUGCAGAGCGGCCGUCUGAACCUGGUGCCACAGCUGCACAGGAGGGCAUGGCAUAGCUGGCUGGACAACAUCACAGACUGGUGUGUCUCCCAGCAACUCUGGUGGGGCCACAGAAUGCCAGUGUACCACAUCACUGCAGCAGACGGCCGGGAGGUGUGGGUGGCAGCUGCUCGGAGGAAGAUGCAAGGCGGAAGGCUGUGGAGAAGGAAGACUGUGCUGCUGCAUGGCCUCCUGUGUGAUGGUGGCGGCCACAAGACAUCCAAGUCCUGGGGCAAUGUGAUAAACCCCCUGGAUGUGAUCAGUGGGGCGUCCCUGGAGGUACUGUGUGAGAGGAUGGAGGGGAGCCUGAAUACAGAAGAGGUACUCACUGGUAUCAGGAGGAACUUCCCCACAGGCAUCCCAGAGUGUGGAGCUGAUGCCCUUUGGUUCACCCUGUGCUCCACCAACUUCAAUAGUCAGUGUGGCAUAGAUAGAUGAAUGUGUAUAACUUUGUGGUGCAUUGAGUCUUGUGUGGGGUAACUGGGUUGGUGUAUGGAUCAAUGAAUGGAGUAGAGAUAAGAUUUUGGUGAGUGCUCUUGUAAGAUUAGGGUAGGAGUGCUUCUCGUCUCCGUCAAGGGCUAAGGUGUUGAGUGUUGAUUGAGUGAGGGUGAAAAUUGUGUGUUUUGGUAUAUGUAGGAGAUAAGAUUUUAAUGAGUGCUCUUGUAAAGUUAGGGUAGGAGUGCUUCUCAUCUCAAUCAAGGGCUAAGGUGUUGUGUGUUGAGUGAGUGAGGGUGAAAAUUGUGUUUUUGUUUUGGUAUAUGUAGGAGAUAAGAUUUUAGUGAGUGCUCUUGUAAGGUUAGGAUAGGAGUGCUUCUCAUCUCCAUCAAGGGCUAAGGUGUUGAGUGUUGAGUGAGUGUUUAAAUAUAUUUGUAGGA